AUGCCUCCCUCACCCACCCCGAAUGCCCCCGCCAACCUUGAAGAGCUCAAGGAACUUUUGAAAGAUGAUAACAAGGUCAAAGUAGCCGGUGUCGAUGUCGAUGGUGUACUGAGAGGUAAAAUCAUGUCGAAAGAUAAGUUUCUCAGUACAGUCAAAGGCGAUGGAUUUGGAUUCUGUUCGACAAUCUAUGGAUGGGAUAUCCACGAUCUAGCGUACACUAAAGAACUCCUCGUGGCCAAUUGGUCGAAUGGUUAUCGAGAUUUAUGGGCUGUAGUGGACUUAUCGACCUACAGACGAUUAAAAUGGGAGAAGAAUAUACCUUUCUUCUUGUGUAGCUUCAUCGUACCAGAGACGAACGAAAAGCUGGUCGCCGAUCCCAGAAGUCUGUUGGAGAAGGUUCUGGAGGGUCAAGAAGGGAGGGGGUAUAAGGCUAUGGCAGGAGCUGAGUUUGAGUACUUCCAAUACAAGGAGACCGCCCAGACGUUGGCAGAUAAGAACUUUCACAAUCUUAGACCGCUCACACCCGGAAUGCACGGGUAUUCUUUGCUUCGACCGACUUUGAACCAAGAUUAUUUCCAUGAUCUGUACGAUAUGGCAGUAGAUUUCGGUAUAGAGGUAGAAGGGCAUCACACUGAGACCGGCCCAGGAGUAUUCGAGACUGCAUUAGCCUACACCGACGCAGCGCGAAUGGCAGAUAAUGCAUGUCUAUUCAAAUUAGUAGCCAAAUCCGUUGGGAUGAAAUAUGAUAUUAUGCCUACUUUUAUGGCUAAACCAUGGGGGGAUCUUCCUGGAUGUUCAGGACAUAUCCACGUCUCACUUCGAGAUUCAUCGGGUAAAAACAUUUUCGCAGUAACACAGGACGAAGAGAAAUCGGGUGGAAGAAAAGAUGCAGAAUAUGAUGAUGUAAAGUAUCUCAGUAAAGAGGCAGAAUGGUUCUUAGCUGGUUUAUUGGAAGGUAUGCCCGAUGUGGUACCGAUGUUUUGUCCUACGAUCAAUUCCUACAAACGUCUCCAAGGUGGUCAGGCAAUGUGGGCACCUGAUACCGCUUCCUAUGGAUAUGAUUCUCGAGCUGCUUCUGUUAGGAUAUUAUCUGGACCUGGAAUUAAGGGGUAUGCUACGAGAUUUGAAGUCAGAGUGCCUGGUGCAGAUAUGAACCCAUACUACGCUCUUUCCGCUAUAUUUGCACUGGGUUUCCGAGGCAUCAAGAACAAGACCAAAUUACCUUAUGGACCUUUGAAUUCACCUGGAGUGACUAGAGAUACGGUGAAACAUCUACCUACGUCUUUGGAAGGUGCCGUGGAAUCAUUCAUGGAGAAGGGAAGCAUAGCCAGAGAGGUGUUUGGUGAUUACUUUGUGGAUCAUUAUGGAGGUACGAGACAGCACGAGUUGGAAGUGUGGAAGAAAGCUGUUACUGACUGGGAAGUUGCGAGGUAUUUCGAAUUGGUCUGA